GAAUUGGUCGCAGACCACCCACCGCCAGACGCGUCGGGGCCUGGCUGCCUCGCUUCCCUUCCAUAAGCGCAUACAUCCCUGCUGCUGCCCUCUUCUCCUUCAACAACCAUGGCACAGGUCAAGCCAAAUUUGACUGUGGACGUAGGACUAGCCCAGACGGGUGGUAGGGCGCCCGCCCAAGCUGCCAAAGCAGCCAUUCAUGCGGCCAGAUCAGCAUCCGCUCCGCGAUCAGAGAACGGCGAUGGUUCAUUACCAGGAGGAGGCGGCUACGAAGGAGCCUAUGGCGGUACAGAAUCAGCCAUCGAUAUGAAUGCACAGUCAAUUGAGAAUGGCAGGACUGCAGCGGCUGACGGGUUCAGCAGCGACGAGGAUGGGGAUGGACAGGAUUUGUAUGCUGCCGCGCAACGCCGGCUGCAGCAUGGUGCUACCAGCAAAGGAGCGAGAGCAACGCGAGAUAAUCAACACGGCGGAGCGAGCGCACAAGGUGGACGUCGCAUGUAUGCCGACAAUUCAGACUCUGAUCACGAAGACUAUGGACCGCAAGGCGAGACAGAAGUCGGCAUGGACGGCAAUUCCGACGACGAUGGCGUCUAUGAUGAGGAAGAGGAGGACGAUCUUUCCAGCUCGCCAUCCAUUCCAGACGAGAACAUAGAUUUCGAUCUCGUCUACGCGCUUCACAACUUCGUAGCUACGGUCGAGGGCCAGGCCACAGUCCACAAGGGAAACGAUUUGACCCUUCUCGACGAUUCUAAUUCCUACUGGUGGCUCGUGCGAGUGCUGAGGACAUCCGAAGUGGGUUAUAUUCCCGCCGAGAACAUCGAGACGCCAUUCGAGAGGCUUGCUAGAUUAAACAAGCAUCGGAACGUCGAUCUCACAAGCGCUACAGACGAUGACCACAAUCAGGUGCCAGACAAGAUUUACAAUUCUCACUUGGUCAAGCAGCGCUCUUUUGGCGUAAAUGGGGGCAUAUCCGCUCAUUCGGGCAAGCUCUCGGCGCUGUCAAGGAGGAACGCAGGCGGUCCGCCGGCACACAUUCUCAAAGAGCAGAAGCGGAUUGGCAAGCGUGGCGUCUUGUUUGGACCUUCCACAUACUUAGAACACAGCGGCAACGAGAUGUCUUCUGACGAGGAGGGCGACUACGAUGAGGAAGCUGAGGAAGGCGAAAUGGACGGCGAAGACUAUGAUGAAGAAGGCACCGAAGCUCAGGGAGACGGAUCAGGUGCACAAGGGGCCAGCGGAGUAACGGAUGUGCGUUCUCGGGGCGAGCCUGUUGAUGCGGGUCUGGCUGGCGUCGGAGCAGCUCGAGGGCCAGUCCAAGGCUCAGGUGCGAGUGGAUCUGCUUUUGACCGGCUGGAGCCCGACGAUGGUAUGGAUUGGGACGCGGGCGAGGCCGAAAGAGUGCAACAAGCGCAGCAGGCGCGAAACCGGCAGGAGCAAGCUCAAGCGCAAGCUACCGCUCAACAACAACAGCAACAAACAGCAACCCAGCAGCAACAGCGUGCUUCAGCUGAGCAAGCCAGGCAAGCAUCUGAGCGCUCGUCAGGAGGCAGUCAAAUUUCGCCCCGGCAGCAAGCUCAACUUGGGCAGACAGGUCUUCAGACCUCACCUUCUCAACAGCAACGGGGCCCAGUCGGCUCCCCGGGCUCUCCGCCGUACUCACCAGAACAGGCGCAGUUGCAAGGUCAACAGCAGUACACACUUGGAGCAGGCAUACCUGGAUCUUUGCGACCUGGCGAGGCGCCGGGGCAGCAUGCCCGGAACGUAUCUUCGAGCGAACGUUCCAUCUCGAGCCUUUCUUCGGCCGGCGGCCAACCCGCUACACCUUCGCAGAUUCAGGCUGAGAGGGCACGCGCUAGCACAGAGCUUGCGGGACAAGCGGGCAGAGUAUCGCCUGCCGCGCCGAGCAGUAUGAAGGCCGACCGCGACUCUCGACGCAUGAGCAACCGCAAAUCUCGCGGUGAAGAGGAUGCCUACGUUCCAGAAGAGAAGACGACGAAGAAACGUUCUGGCGUCUUCAGCGGGCUGUUCUCGCGAAGUAAGGACAAGAAGGAUCGCAAAUCGGCGACCUUCUCUGAUGACGCUGCGACGGGACGUAGCUCGGAGGAUAGCUUUGCGGGAAGCGCUGGAAACAGACGCUCGGGUGCGAUGUCGCCAGGCAUGUCACCGGGACUCGCUGGGCCACCCCAAAAUUACGGCAGGACGAUGCAAGAUCGAGAUCGCGUAGUGCAGGAGGCCUAUCAGCGUCAAUUCUUGACGGACAGCAACAAAUCGGCGAAUCAGUCUGCUGCUGAUGCAGCAGCUAUGGCUGCGCUUGGCAACGAGUAUUCUCCAGGCCCGCAUCCUCAGAGCUUCCAACCUGGCAAAACGAGACCGGGCAGUCUCAUCGGCACGCCAAGCUACGUCCCGAUGCUUAACGUCAUGCGUGUCUUCGCCGGUGAUGCUAUAGGCAGCGAAGCAACCUUUAAGACGGUUCUGCUGAAUGAGGCGACGUCUGCGGAGGACUUGGUCAAGCAGGCAAUGCAGCGAUUUCGCGUCGCUGUUGACUCAAAUCCUGACGAUUACUACUUGACUGUGAAGCUCCUGGAAGGGGAAGAGAGAGCUCUGGGCGCAUUGGAGAAACCGUUGCAAGUCUAUGACAAGCUGUCUGAGUCUUCGCCGGACCAGAUCAGCGCCGCCAUUCCCAGCGUGAAGCGAUCCAGCGUUGGCUCCAUCUCUUCGAUAUCUUCAAACUUGAGUCUCAAACCAGCGAUUACAAGAUUGGGUGAAGAUUUUGGAGACGAUCACGCGGUCAAGUUUUUCCUCCAUCGGAGAGCGCCGCUAAGUGCUCGAGGUGCUGGCACAUCCGAUCAGGGCUCGUCAACAGACACAGCAUACGGAGGUCAGGGUCUGUUCCCAACAAACGACCCAAAGCAGAGCGGCAGUAGCGGCAUUGGAAUACCCCUUGGACCUGGAAGCCAGCGCAAUAGCGCCACGUCCACGCUGACACCCGAAAGCGCCGAAGCAAUUGCGGCUGCUACUGCGCGCUUCGCCCUUCGCCUGAUCAUCUUUCCAUCCGACUUACCUGAAGGCACAGUCUUCGACCCGCAGACGAAUGCCCUCAUACCGGAAGCCGUUCUACGCGAGCGCGGUCCAGGCGGUCUUGUACCAGGCGAAGGCGUUGAGCAGCGGUAUCGCGAGAAAGUCCUUGCGCUGCCCCGAAACACUACAGUAGCUGAAGUGAUCGAGCAGGGUCUUGACCGAUUCGGCGUAAUGGAAGGAUUGGUCGAAGGUGGUGACGAUGUCGAGGAUCGCACUUCGAGAAGGCGAAGCAAAGGCCGAGUCAGAUACGGCUUGUCAGCUGAUAUUCGCGGAGAUGAGCGGCCACUUGGACCUGCUUCGAAAGUACUGGACGCCUACCUCAAGCAGCCGGUCUUCAGGGACGCUCCUGGCAACCGACGCUCCGCGGAUGGCAAGCGGCGCAGUUUUGACGCAGCAACACUGCUAGCAAUGGUCAGCGAUCUAAGGGCAGAUGAUCCUGUCUUCAUACUGAGGCAAGUUCAGCAGCCGCUCAAGGCAAAGGGUGCACGGCCGCUGAGUCCCACUGAAAACGUGCUUCUUGACAAAAUUAAUGAGCGACGGCAAGCCGAGUUGGAGACCGUGCAAGCGACGCCUUUGACCCGCACAGCGGAGGAUCCAGCUGCACCGUUCAAUCCAAGCCCACCUGUCGCCAAUCAGUCUGGUAUGAGCCGCCAGGAAAUCAUCGCUGCGCAGCGUGCAGCUGCUCACGAGCGGCGCGCAGCUGUUCUGGGCGCUCAGCGCAAUGCGCAGCAGGGGGUGGACGUCGUUCUUGCGGAUGAAGCGAGGAUACGAAGCUCACGCGCAGGCGAGAAUGGCAAGGUUCGCUACUCUUAUGUACCCAACAGCGGGGCUGAGCAAGACAUCAGCAACAUCAUCGAAGAUGUUUUGAAGGAACAAGACAAGGCGAUGGCUGCGGCUGGGUUGAGCUCGUCUCCAGCUAGAGAUGCGAGCAGACCAGCUGUUUUGCGAAAUGCCAGUCGAGGCACGAUGGCAACGAGCGAGGCGGAGUACGAAAGUGCAUCAAGCUCUCCUCGAGCGACCAGUCCUCUCAGCCUACGCGAAGUCAACUUCGACCUGCGGCCAUCAAACUCGCGCAUGACCACGAAUGAUUCCGACACGCUCACAACGCCGCCCCUCUCGCUAGGCAAGAAGUCUACAUUGCAGUCGCAGCAGUCGCAAGCACCAGCAGGAGCACAGGGUGGCUCGGCUCAGAACGAUCUGUUGGAGAGCUUCGUUCGGAAUCCAGACGCUUCGGAAGCAAACAUCGAGGAGCGCAUCGACCAAGUCCUUUCAAGAGUGACAGGCCUUGGCGCGUCAUCUGGCUCGGGCUUGGACCCCUCGCGUUUGCGCGACCCAGCUUCGCCUGCGAGCAAGUCCAGCUCUGCUACUCCUCGUGGUCCUUCGCCGAGCUAUCAGAAUGUGAAACCAAAAGGCGGCGUGGUGGGUGGCUUGGCGGGAUUAGCAGCAGCAGGCGGUAGCCUGGCAGCGGGUGCUGCAGCCCUCACCGCAGGCGCACUCAACGCUGUGAGCGGCGGUGACAACGGCGGGUCGUUAGCAAACACAGCCAAGGCCACUUCGCGGUCAACGAACAUAUUUACAGGCUCCAGCGCCGAUUUGGGGCUGCAACAUCUCUUCGCUGUCGUUGACGCAGCGGCCAGAAGAGACCCUCGCAGCGGUAGCAGGAUACCUCCGGUCGAUGCCACUUCGCUGCGUCCGCAAGUCGCUGGACUGUUCGCUCCUAAUGCUCCGCCCAUCGAGUCGCGCAAGACCCGGGAGGCGUAUGCGCCAGUCGGAAAACAAUUGAACAUGAUCGAGGAUGCUCUCGAUCAGCUCUUGAUGGAUGCUCUGCGCGUUUUGUGACCCUUUGCAUCCUCAUUGGGGUCAUAACGUGGUUUGGAACGGACGGCUCACGCAGCGCUGAAGCUGAUGGUGAUAUAGGUGGGAGAUGACGAUCUGGCAGAAAUGAUGCCUCA